UCGGUGGUUGGAGGCCGGAGGCUAUAAAUGGUGCUCCCAGCCCCCGCUCCCGCGCGUUAGACGCGACCCGCCGUGAUCGGGCGACGGUAGCGACUGCGUUCGCCCGCUUUCCCUGCCUCUUUUUCUUUCCCUCCUUCCCUCGUCCCCUUCUCUGUACCUCCUCUUUGCUCUUCCUCUCCUCCUCCUCCUCCGUUGUAGCGGAUAUCUAGGGUUUCACAACUUCCCGACUCCUCCGCCCUCGCGCGCGCGCGCACACGCCUACUCUCUCUCUCUCUCUCUGCAAGCUGUCGCUCGUGUUCUGCCGGCGGGAGCGUGUGGAUACUUUCCGGGAGAACAAUCGGAGUUUCCGGCAUGUCGUUCCAAGGGAAGAAGCUCAUAAAUGAUCCUAACGAUGUUGUGACGGAGUUCAUUGAGGGUUUGGUCGAGACUUAUCCUGGAUUGCAAUACUUGGAUGGCUUCCCCGAGAUCAAGGUUGUCUUGCGUGCUGACGUAUCAGGACCAUCGUAUGACAAGGUUGCUGUCAUCUCAGGUGGUGGAAGUGGCCAUGAGCCUGCUCAUGCUGGAUAUGUGGGUCCUGGGAUGCUAACUGCUGCUAUAUGUGGAGAUAUUUUUGCUUCUCCUCCUGUUGAUUCUAUCUUAGCGGGAAUUCGAGCUGUGACUGGCCCGAAGGGAUGUCUUCUAAUAGUUAAGAACUAUACUGGUGAUCGCUUAAAUUUUGGUCUGGCAGCAGAGCAGGCAAAGUCUGAAGGAUAUAAGAUUGAGACUGUAAUUGUUGGAGACGACUGUGCUCUUCCACCACCACGAGGCAUAGCUGGGCGUAGAGGCUUGGCAGGGACAGUCCUUGUUCAUAAGGUUGCUGGAGCAGCUGCAGCUGCUGGUCUUUCUCUUGUCGACGUUGCUGCAGAGGCCAAACGAGCUUCUGAAAUGGUGGGCACAAUGGGAGUUGCUUUAUCUGUGUGUACCCUGCCUGGUCAGGUCACAUCUGAUCGUUUGGGUCAUGGAAAGAUGGAGCUUGGUCUUGGGAUCCAUGGAGAACCUGGAGCUGCUGUGGCGGACAUUCAGCCUGUGGAUGUGGUGGUGUCUCAUGUGUUGAAUCAAAUUCUGUCAACGGAAACACAUUAUGUGCCAAUCACACGGGGAAGCAGAGUUGUACUCAUGGUUAACGGAUUAGGUGCCACACCUGUGAUGGAGCUUAUGAUUGUGGCAAGAAAGGCUGUGCCUGAGUUGCAGUUGGAACAUGGGCUUGCUGUUGAUAGAGUUUAUACUGGAUCUUUUAUGACGUCUCUUGAUAUGGCAGGGUUUUCUAUUUCAGUUAUGAUGGCAGACCAAGCCAUUUUGGAAUGUUUGGAUGCACCAACUAAAGCUCCAUAUUGGCCUGUUGGAGUUGAUGGAAAUCACCCACCUGCUAAGAUUCCAGUUCCUCUUCCACAAUCACGUUCAAGGAUAGAUGAGGCGCUAAGUCGGCCUCAGGAACUAAGCAAGCAAGGCUAUCUUCUCGAAGCUGCCAUAGAAGCAGCUGCAAAUGAAAUGAUCAACCUCAAAGAUAAUUUGAAUGAGUGGGACAGUAGAGUUGGAGAUGGAGAUUGUGGAACAACAAUGUACAAAGGUGCAGCAGCCAUUCUUGAGGACAUGAAAAAACACUAUCCACUGAAUGAUGCAGCAGAAACAAUCAAUGAAAUUGGGGCUUCUAUCAGAAGAGUCAUGGGAGGAACCAGUGGGAUCAUUUAUGACAUAUUCUGCAAGGCAGCAUAUGCAAAGUUAAAAGAGGGCUCACCUUUGUCCACUUCCAUCACAGCUAAGAAAUGGGCGGAUGCUCUUGAAGCAUCCAUUGCUGCAGUAAGUAAAUAUGGAGGUGCUAAAGCAGGUUACCGGACCAUGUUGGAUGCUCUCAUUCCAGCAUCUGCUGUUUUACAAGAGAGGCUAAGUGCUGGAGAUGAGCCUUCAACAGCUUUCCUUCUGUCAUCUGAAGCAGCAGAGGCUGGUGCUGAGUCUACCAAACAUAUGCAAGCACAGGCUGGCCGCUCAACAUAUGUUUCUGGGGAGAUACUAGCAACAGUUCCAGACCCAGGUGCUAUGGCGGCCGCUGUGUGGUACAAAGCAGCAGCUUUAGCUGUCAAAAAUCAUCCAAGGUCCUGAAACGUACUUCCCAAUGCUGUUGGUUGGACGAGUGAAAAGGAGCUAUUAUGCUGCACUCGACGAUUUUCAGCUGAGUUGUAUGUCUUUCAGCAGACUCGAAUCAUUGGUUUUGCUCCAAAGUUUUGAUUACUGACACGCUCAUUGGUUUUCCGCUUUUGCGGUUGCAUUAGCUGAGAAAGCGAGAGUUUGAUCGAGUUCAUUCAUUUCUGUAUGUAAUUAUGAGAUGUGAUAGACGACGUCAAAAGACAUGGCUCCUCUUUUGUCAAUAAAGCUUCAUAAAUUGGCUGAAAGGAGAUGGAAGCCUACUGUAAGUCUGUAACAUUUUUAUGUGUUGCUUGUGUGGGUCUCUAGCUUGCGGGAAUUCCUCGAGUCCUUUAACUGGUGGAUGAUUAUGUGCUUUCGGUUCUUGUUGGUUGCUUUUAUAUCUAUGAGGUGAACAGUCUGGUUAUCAGACGGGAACGCAAGCCAAAUAUAUAUACAGUUGCAUGUAGACU